AUGGCGUUUGUCAUAAGCACAGUCGUAGCUCUCUGCCUACUUCUUUGGUUUUCAGCUCGGCUGAAUGAACUUUUAGCUAAAGUCGCUAGCUUUGCGGCUGCAGUGCAGAGCAAGUCGCAGGAACUGACGGCUGAAAAACGGCGAGCAAAUGCUUUGCUAUAUCAGAUGUUACCAGCUGAGGUAGUCAAACAGUUAAUGUCAAGCCAGGGAGUUGAGGCCAAGCACUACGAUUCAGUGACAAUAUAUUUUAGCGACAUCGUCAAAUUUACCGAAAUUUCAUCUCGCAGUACGCCCAUGCAGAUCGUCAGCAUGUUGAAUGAGCUGUACAGCGGUUUUGACGAGCGCAUAGAAUGCUAUGAAGUUUACAAAGUUGAGACGAUUGGCGACGCAUACAUGGUGGCCUCAGGGGUGCCAAAGAUAAUAAAAGACCACGCCAGGCAGAUGGCUGAGUUGUCGUUAUGUCUUUUGAGAUUUUCUGAUUUAUUCAAAAUCAGUCAUCUGCCUGGUGAGGAGUUACUGUUGAGAAUCGGACUGCAUAGUGGAUCGGCCGUGGCCGGUGUAGUUGGCCUGAAAAUGCCAAGGUACUGUUUGUUCGGCGAUACCGUUAAUACAGCAAGUAGGAUGGAAUCCCAUGGCGAAGCUAAAAAGAUUCAUAUAAGCCCGACGACCAGAGAAUUAUUAAGGAGACAUCCACAGUUUUCAAUCGUCCCCAGAGAGAAAAUGUUCAUCAAGGUGACGUAA